ACACCCGCGGCUAGUAGAUCGUCAAGUGCUCGGGGUUCCGUGUGCUCUUCCGCGUCAUUUGUUAGUUAAUAUAGGAUGGAAUUGUGAUCUGAAUAGUGAUUAUUGGUAACCCGCUAAUAGCAAUAAUAAUAGACGGCGUGACAAAAGCAAAAGAAAAAUACCCGUUGUGGGGAAUUUCCAGCUCGACACAUAUAAUUCCUGGUAGCACUUAAUAAAAAUAAGUUAAUAACUUUGGCUCCAAGUGAGAUAACAUUUUGGUUACGGUUUAGGGAACUUAGAAUGGGAUUCCCACAGUUGUCCCAUCGAUGGUUCGCAACGGUGGUUUUGGCAUGUCUGGCAGUGUUAUCGCCCUGUAACGGUGAAGGGUUCUACUCUAUCGUUGCCUCCAAUCAGCUACGGCCAAAUUCUGAGUACCACGUGUCUGUGAGUAAUUUGGACAUACAGACACCGGUAAGGUUUCGAAUUACGUUAAACAACAACAGCACCGGUAUACCGAUUGCCGUUGAGGAUGUAACUCUUGGUUCGGGGGAAUCACGGUUGAUUCCAUUGAGUAUUGGUGAUAUUGCACAAGGCGACUAUGGUCUGAUGGCCGAGGGGUUAUCAGGAAUCCUAUUUAAAAAUUAUUCGACUCUCAGUUAUCAACCAAAAAGUUUUUCGAUAUUCGUACAGACGGAUAAGGCCAUUUACAAACCAGGAGACAACGUGCGAUUUCGGGUAUUGGUUCUAGAUCCUAACACCAAGCCACUGCCGAAGGUGGACAGUGUGAAGGUACAUAUCACGGAUGGCAACAGUAAUCGCAUCAAACAGUGGACGGAUGCCAAACUGGUCAAGGGCGUUUUCGAGUCGGAUUUGCAAUUGUCUAGUGCUCCGGUUUUAGGUCGGUGGUUGAUUAACGUAGAAGCACUGGGAACGACAAAAGCUCAAGAAUUUGAAGUUGACGAAUAUGUACUGCCGAAAUUUGAGGUCAGUGUGGAGUCACCGGGUAUCACAACAUUUAAAGACGGCAAGGUUAAGGCCAUUGUUCGGGCUAAAUAUACGUAUGGCAAACCAGUUAAGGGAGAGGCUACCAUUUCCGCCUAUCCGGAUUUCCGGUUUCAUUAUAUUCAGCCGUUCGAACGAGAUGUUGUUACUAGAAAAACCGUUCCAAUUGACGGCAAAGGGUCGGUGGAGUUCGAUUUGCGUGAUGAAAUCAAACUAGAAGGUGAAUACACGCGAGAGAUCGUAAUUGAGGCAGUGGUUGAAGAAGAACUUACCGGUAGGAAGCAAAACUCCUCCUCUAAGGUGACAAUCUAUGAUAGAAGGAUAAAGAUGGAGUUGGUGAAAAGCAGCGAUAAGUUCAAGCCAGGAUUGCCCUAUACUGCAUGGAUUAAGGCUAGCUUCCAGGAUGGGACACCCGUGCAGGAUACUCAGAAUCAGAUCGAGGUAACCCAGGAGUCGGGGUGGCCGAAUGUGAAUGCAACGAAGCGUAACUAUACAUUGGACCAGAACGGAAUGGCCAAGCUGGUGGUGGACACUGAUAUCAAGUCGGACAGCAUGGAUUUUAAAGCCGAAUACUUGGGUACGGUAUACUACCUUGGAGGAAUUUACAAGGGCCGGGUCACAACCGAAGCCUAUAUGCGAGCAAAGGUUCUUACGGAAGUUCCCACCAUAAAUAAAGAUAUUACAGUCGAUGUGUCUUCCACGGUACCGAUGAAAUAUUUCAACUAUCAAGUUAUGGGUCGUGGCGAUAUCAUCGUUGGUGGAACAAUUGCUGUUCCCGAGCGUAAAACACAUACGUUCCGGUUUCCUGCUAGCUUUGCUAUGGUGCCUCGAGCACGAUUGGUCGUUUAUUUCAUUCGAGAGAAUGGUGAGCUGGUUAGCGAUAAUCUGGACAUCGAGUUCGGUAGUGAUCUUCAAAACUUUCUCAAAGUAUCACUCUCCAAAAGUCAAUCGAAACCCGGCGAAAACGUGGACAUUACGAUCAACACUAAUCCAGAUUCAUACGUUGGUUUGUUGGGAGUUGAUCAAAGUGUAUUGUUACUGAAGAGCGGAAACGAUCUUACAAGUGGAAAAGUCUUUGACGAGCUAAAAAUGUACGAAAAAGCCAAUGUUGGUUACUAUCGAAGGAAACGAUUUGCUCCUUGGUGGUACGGUCCUUCGUAUGAUGAUUUCAAUGAUAUUGGCGCUGUAAUCAUGACUAAUGCCAACGAACCUCCACAUCCAGUGUACGUAUAUUCUCCCAUCAUGUAUCGGGGCGGGAUGAUUGCACUAGCAGCAGCAUCGGGUCCCGGAGUUGCUGUUCCGGCUAUGGCUUUUGGGGACGUACAAAGAAAGGUAGCAUCCACUCCUGCAGUGGUUGUUAGGAAAUCUUUCCCAGAAUCAUGGCUAUGGGAGUCGUUGACUGACGGCAGCUUCACCGGUGACAAAACAAUUUCGAAAAAGGUUCCCGAUACAAUAACAUCCUGGAUCAUCACUGGUUUCUCGGUGAAUCCAGUUUACGGUCUUGGAAUAACCCAAACACCAAGAAAGUUGAACGUUUUUCUGCCAUUUUUCGUAUCCACAAACUUACCCUACUCGGUGAAACGGGGUGAGAUCGUUGCCAUACCGAUUGUGAUCUUCAAUUACAUGGACUCGGAUCAAAAAGCAGAGGUGACCUUUCAUAAUAUCGAGCAGGAGUUUGAGUUUGCUGAUGUUGAGAACGAGAUUCAUGAGAGUCCAAAAUUGGAAUUAUUCCGCAAAAAGAACGUUGAGAUACCGGCGAACACCGGUAAAUCGGUUUCUUUUAUGGUUAAACCAACGAAGCUAGGUCACAUUACGAUCAAAGUGACGGCGACCUCCAAAUUGGCUGGGGAUGGCGUCGAAAGGCAACUAUUAGUGGAACCGGAAGGGCUUCCUCAGUACGUUAACAAAGCAGCUUUUGUAGAUCUCCGGGCAACACCAGAAGCAAUGAGCAACUUCAGUGUUGAGGUACCAAAGAAUGCGGUUCCGGACUCGACUAGAAUUGAGGUCUCCGUAAUUGGUGACGUGUUGGGGUCCACAAUCCAAAAUCUUGAUUCUCUUAUCCGAAUGCCUUACGGCUGUGGCGAACAGAAUAUGUUGAACUUCGUUCCAAACAUCGUAGUGUUGGACUAUUUGAAAAACACCGAUCAAUUGACUUCGAAGAUUGAUGAAAAGGCGAAAAAAUUCAUGGAAGCUGGUUACCAGCGGGAACUAACAUACAAACACGAUGACGGUUCGUUCAGUGCAUUCGGAAACAGCGAUAAAAGCGGAAGCACGUGGCUGACUGCGUUUGUGGCACGCUCAUUCAAGCAAGCAUCCGCUCACAUUGAUGUUGAUGAGCAGGUCAUUGAUCGUUCCCUAGAGUGGUUAAGUGAUCAACAAGCCGCGAACGGAAGCUUCCCAGAGGUGGGUAAAGUUUCUCACACUGAUAUGCAGGGAGGUUCCGGUCAGGGAAUCGCACUAACGGCGUACACGUUGAUAGCAUUUUUGGAAAAUAGAAACUUGGUUCCAAAGUAUAAGAAUGUUAUCGGCAAAGCGCUUGACUAUAUUGCUCGAAACGUCGACGGCUUAGACGAUAACUACUCGCUGGCCAUUGCAGCGUACGCACUACGACUAGCUGAUCAUAGCUCCAAGGAUUAUACCUUAGCUCAGUUGGAUGCCAAGGCCACAGUGGAUGGGGAUACGAAGUGGUGGCACAAACCAAUUCCCGAAAGCGAAAAUAAGAGCCCUUGGCACAGUAAACCAAAUUCAGUCAACGUGGAAAUGUCUGCUUAUGGCAUGUUGGCAUUCUUGGAGGCUGGUCUCGAUACCGACGCACUGCCAAUAAUGAAAUGGUUGAUUGCACAACGUAACGACAAAGGUGGCUUCCAAUCGACUCAGGAUACUGUUGUUGGUUUGCAAGCACUUGCUAAACUGGCUGCAAAAAUUUCCUCUAAAAACAACGACGUGAAAAUUGUAGCUAGUUACAAUGACAAUCAGCAGCGCGAGAUGACAGUGAACUCGGAUAACAAGAUGAUUCUUCAAAAAUUCGAAUUACCGUCCAAUGCUAGAAAAAUUGACAUUAAAGCGACCGGACGCGGGUUCGCCGUUGUUUCAUUGUCGUAUAAGUACAACAUGAAUGUGACCGGGGAAUGGCCGCGGUUCGUUCUAGACCCCCAAGUUAAUAAGAACUCCAAUCAAGAUUAUUUGCACCUGUCAGUAUGCACCAGCUUUGUUCCAGCAACUGGCCAAAACAGCUCCAACAUGGCUGUUAUGGAAGUUGGGUUCCCCAGUGGUUUCACUGCUGAUUCCGACACGCUGCCAUCGCUGGAGAACAUGGAUUAUAUCAAAAAAGUCGAACUGAAGGAUGGCGAUACUGUCGUGGUGUUAUACUUUGACAGUUUGGAUCGUAAGGAACUUUGUCCAACAAUCUCCGCUUUCCGUACUCAUAAAGUCGCUAAGCAAAAGCCGGCCCCUGUGGUGAUCUAUGAUUAUUAUGACAACUCUCGCAUUGCUCGCCAGUUCUACGACGGUCCAAAGUCUACAUUAUGCGAUAUCUGCGAAAACGAAGACUGCGGUCAGUCUUGUACGAUAAAAUCUCAAAAGCAGCGUUCACCCAAGGACGAGAGUAGCGUUGGAGUUCAACCGAAGAGCAGUGCAACUAAUUCUGGAUCGCUGUCUGUUGUUUUAUUUAUCGCGACUUCAAUUUUAUUAAAGCUAUUCAAAUCGGCUUGAGCGAAAAAAAGGAGUGCUAAUAAGAACGAAAGAGUGAUUUGCAAUAGUUUUAAACAAGUAUGAAUUGAGAUGUUUGACGAUUGGAAAACUAUUGCGAUUUGGUCUUUAUGUGGAUUAUUUUACCAGAAGAUUGAAUCUUUGAAAUAAAAGAUAAUGUGGAUAAAGUGAAA